UGCUCCCAAUCCUCUUUGUGGGAGAGUGACGUCUGCUACUGUCAGAAACAGAGUUAAGCUCAGCAGGCACCAGGAGAACGGAGUGGAGAGAAGCUCCCAGCCUUAGGGAUAACCAAGCAGCACUGCAUUCUGGUCCUCCAGGGGGAAGAAACUCUGCCGCCUAAGCAAGACCUGACUCUCAUCCCCAGCGGCUGCUCAUGCCUCCAGCUGGGGAAAAUACAGGGAACUCUAAAUUUGGUUUGUCAAGAUAGUUGGCUUCAUCAGCAGGUUAGCUAAAUACUCCGCCACCCUGCCAGAGGGCCUUGAUGGCCUCUAAGGAUGAGUGCUGAGAAGCUGGAAUACAAUCUCUUCCCUGGGCAAACAACAUUGUUUUAAGAGACUUUUGUUGCUGCUGCUUCUGUGUUUUUAAGAUUUUUGAAGAAAAAAAAAAACAACCCAGAAAUCUUUCAUCUUUUUCAUGCAGGUGAUCCCGUGAAAUCUUGUGAGAUCUUGUGAAAUCUUCUAUUUUUGGUCAUUUUGGUUUAACUGCCGUACUGGCAACAAAACAGAUGGCAGGACAGCUUCCUCCCAUGUCAGGUGUGUCUGAAAGGUGUGUGUGUGAACAUGCACUCAAAGCAUCGGGUGUCUAUGAGUGCCUAUAAUUGAACAGCAAUCUGAGUGUGCUGGUGUGUCUCUACUGGGAGCCGCUGGGGCCACUGUUUACUUGGAGUGUGAGGGUGUGAUUUUGUUAAUGUGUAUAAUACAAGUCAGAAGUGCUUGAAGAGUGUGUGUGAGUGUGCGUGUGUGAGGUGGUGGGGCCCUGUGGAGGUUGUAGCCCUGGAUUUCCUCGAGAUGGAGGGUCAUGGUUAUGACCGGUUUGGAGAUGGGGAGAGGGACAAUUACCAGAUUGAUUACCGGAGGAUUGUAGGAGACAUGGAACCAGCUCGGCCACGCAUCUCAAACAGGGAUGGGGAACAACCUCACCCCUAUGGGGCCUAUGCUCACCCAACGCCACAUGGACAUGGGCAUGAGACAGCAGCCCAGCGAUACAGCGCUACACGAAUCCAAGCUGGAUAUGAACCAGAAAGCAUGGCAGACUACUUGAUCAGUGGAGGCACAGGUUAUGUUCCUGAAGACGGGUUAACAGCACAACAGCUCUUUGCCAUCGGAGAUGGACUAACAUACAAUGACUUUUUGAUCCUCCCUGGUUUCAUAGAUUUUACCUCUGAUGAGGUGGAUCUAACCUCUGCACUGACAAGGAAGAUCACCCUGAAGACACCUCUCAUUUCAUCUCCCAUGGAUACAGUCACAGAGUCAUCCAUGGCCAUCGCCAUGGCACUAAUGGGAGGGAUUGGAAUAAUUCACCAUAACUGUACAGCUGAGUUCCAGGCCAAUGAGGUGCGCAAAGUCAAGAAAUUUGAGCAAGGCUUUAUUACAGACCCGGUGGUAAUGAGUCCCCGACACACAGUGGGGGAUGUGUUUGAGGCCAAGAUACGCCAUGGUUUCUCUGGGAUCCCUGUUACGGAAACCGGCAAGAUGGGUAGCAAGCUGGUCGGCAUUGUCACCUCCAGAGACAUAGACUUUCUGUCUGAGAAGGAUCAUGACAGACCCCUGGAAGAGGCAAUGACAAAAAGGGAAGAUUUAGUUGUUGCACCAGCUGGAGUCACACUAAAGGAGGCUAACGACAUACUGCAACGUAGCAAAAAAGGUAAGCUCCCUAUUGUAAAUGACAGUGAUGAGCUGGUUGCCAUCAUUGCCAGGACAGACUUGAAGAAGAAUAGAGAUUAUCCCUUGGCUUCCAAGGACUCCCGCAAGCAGCUGCUGUGUGGGGCUGCCAUCGGUACGAGAGAGGAUGACAAAUAUAGACUGGACCUCCUAAUGCAGGCUGGGGUGGAUGUGGUUGUCCUGGACUCCUCCCAGGGAAACUCAGUGUAUCAAAUCAACAUGAUAAACUACAUCAAACAGAAAUACCCUGAGCUACAGGUUGUUGGAGGAAACGUGGUGACAGCUGCUCAGGCCAAAAACCUCAUAGAUGCAGGCGUGGAUGCCCUGAGGGUGGGCAUGGGGUGUGGCUCUAUCUGUAUCACCCAGGAAGUGAUGGCAUGUGGACGGCCCCAAGGAACAUCAGUGUACAAGGUUGCAGAGUAUGCACGACGUUUUGGAGUGCCAGUAAUCGCUGAUGGAGGCAUUCAGACUGUUGGCCAUGUGGUGAAGGCUCUGGCCCUGGGAGCAUCUACAGUUAUGAUGGGGUCGUUGCUCGCGGCAACCACCGAAGCUCCAGGAGAAUAUUUCUUUUCAGAUGGUGUGCGUCUGAAGAAGUACAGAGGAAUGGGUUCCUUGGAUGCCAUGGAGAAAAAUAAUAGUCAGAAACGCUACUUCAGUGAGGGAGAUAAGGUAAAGGUGGCUCAAGGCGUCUCAGGCUCAGUACAAGAUAAAGGCUCCAUCCACAAGUUUGUUCCUUACCUCAUCGCUGGUAUCCAACACGGCUGUCAGGACAUAGGAGCCAAGAGUUUGUCUAUUUUACGGUCGAUGAUGUACUCCGGAGAGCUGAAGUUUGAGAAGAGAACCAUGUCUGCUCAAAUGGAGGGAGGAGUUCAUGGCCUCCACUCAUAUUCUUUUGUGCCAUUUAUGAGAAGCGGCUUUACUGAGGCAGGAGGAAGAGGAAAUGCUCGAUCAGGACCCAACGUCCCGACCCCAGCAGCUAUGAGCAGAUGUACCGGGCGCAUGUGACCAAACUACAAACACAAAGCUAUUGUUGCCGUAAAACAUCCACUCUAAAAUCUGACACCUCUUGUUUGUGUCCUCUUCUCGUUCUCCUGUUUGUUCUCAUCUCUGAUCCCUUUCAGGAUAGACAAAACAACAAACUUUAAUCCAAGCAGGACGUCCAAAGGAGAGCCAAAGAGUUACGCAACUGCACAUGAACUCUUUGGCUGUCUUUCUCCUGCUGUGGCCAAGGUGUAGUGAGGCUAAUGUAAUUAACUACUCUGCUGAUCCCUUUCAACAAGCAAAUGCAGUGACUACUUUGGGAUAAGCUGACCUAAUGAGAGGCCCAUUUCCCCAUUGGCCUCUGAAUUGGACCCUGAUAGAGAAGAGUAUACACUUGUAUAUACAGUGUAAAGCUUGCAGAGUUGCAGUCUUUUAUUUCCAAGCUCAUUUCAUAUGCCACAUAAGAUACUUAAUUUUCUUGCAGGAAAUCAGGCAGUCUAUAUUUUAGUUACAUAAAAAAAGACAACAAAAAGCACCAUAUCUUUGACAUAUGUUUUGAAUAUUUUACAUUUUAUUUUAUUAAAAGAGGAAAGAAACACAAAUGUUUAACACAUUUAAGAUAGUUCUUUGCUGAUGUUAAAAGCAGGCUGCACAAGUGUAAAAUAAUCUUAAAUUUUAUGUAGCCAUGGUCAUAUUUUAUAGCCUGCGACCUUGCAUAAAGCUUACUGAGUCAAGAGUAAACAUGUUGUACACACAGGACAGUUAUGGUUUCAUUGUCUUCUUACUGCACUUGAUAGUAAAAAAGUGGUUGUUACAAUGAUGGAUGCUCUACUCUGAUCAACCUGCAUGUAAUGUGCUGCACUGUUGCAGAAGGGAGGCUUGGCAUCAGCCUUAACUCACACAAGUUUGUAGGAAGGAGCGCCUUACAGGAGCAACCACAUGUAUUCUCACUCAGGAUUACCCUCUGUUCAUGUUAUUUGGAGGAGGAAACACUGGACAGCAAACGGUUUGAGUGACGAGACAGGACAGUAUCCAUGCUUUACUUUACAUUUAUCUGAUUAUAAUCCGUUUACUAGUAUCUGAUUAUAAUUACAUACAUUAUCCCCAUAUUCAUAAUACAAAUGAGUCUUGACAUGUUAUGACCUUCCAUAAUUUAAUUUUGCAAAACUACAUUGUUAAUUAUAUGGCUAUCAACUGUACAUAAUAUAUAAUACAGAUAGUUAUGCGUCUUUUUUCAGGCUCAGUAUUAAAUAAAUUAAAUGGUGAGUCACUGGCAUAGGGCUAGAUUUAUUUCUUUGUAGAAUGAUAGACAAAAAGAUUAUUCCAGUUUUAAAAUAUGAUUUCUUCUUUUUCUAGAAGGUUCUCAUCUUUGGUAUUAUAUAUUGCUCUAUGAUAAACACUGAAUCUGAAUUACGCAAUAACUUCCAACCAAAUAAAUGAGCUAUUGUACUAUUCGUCUAUCAUCCACACUAAGGCUUCAGAAUGAUAUUUACUGUAAAUAGUAUGACAUGAAUAAAGAUAAUUUUGACAAGG